UUGCCCAUCCUGUAUCCUCCAUUCCAUUCGUGCGUACGCAUGCAUAUAUAUAUCUUUGCUCUCAAAUGUCCUCAUGCCAUUUCCUUCUGUCAUCUUUUUGAUACCGCUGUGUGUCCUCUCCUUAGUUCGGCCGAUCGUUGCAUUUCCCGUUGGCGAGAAAAGUACGUCCGUGAGCCAUGUCUGCUUUGUUCCUUUUCGUACUCUGGCCUCAUCCUCAACACGGCCUCCUUCUCCCCUUUCCGUGGUCUCGCCACUAGCGCCAGCGAGUUCCCUCUUUCCCAAAACCCUCGCCAGUCCCCUGAACAUGUUGUUGAUGCUGUUCAUGUGGCGCGAACCGCGGGGCUGAACGAUCGCUAAGGAAGUCAGAUGAAAGUAGCUUACCACCGGUGUUGCAGUGUUGACAGUUAGCUGCCUGUGGCGUAAGUAAAAGCGCGUGUCGAGUGCGCAGCAGGUGCGCUACUGAGCUUAUGAUAAUCAGUGAGAAAUAGAGUACUCUACCUUGUUUUUGACAUUAAGCCGUUCUAAUGGAUAACUAACAAAUAGUGGGUGCAUACGAAAAGCAAAUGAGAGACCGAGAUUUAUGUGGGUGCGUGCGUGCUAUACGAAAGUGACGACGACGACAACAACAUCAUCACUGUUAACAGCACUUGAAACCAUGUAAUUUUCAUGUGAAUUACUGCUACCAUUAGUAGUGGCACCGCUUCUUUUUCCGAUUAGAACAAUGAAAGUUUGUCGAGCGGUCCCAGACAUCGUUCAUAGCUGGCGGAGGUGCCAAGCGUACGUGGCUUGAUUCUGUAAAGCUCUGUCGGAAGCUCUGUCUGCUGUGCGGCCAAGUGCCAUAAUGAUAGAAAUAGCGGUGGAGAGUUCGACUUGGAAGCUACUUGAACUAGUGCUAUAGAAAUUAUUAGCACAGCAUCGAAAAUCGUGGUGCCAUUGGUGGACAGGAUAGGAAGGAGAGUAGCAUCUUUGGAUAACUGUCCGAGUUGAUUUGGAUUAUAUAGAAAAUUCAUGCGGCAGAACUGUGUUCAAAAACUGUGCGCCAAAACAGCUGUCGCUACUGUCAACUUUACAGAUCAGAAUAAAAAAUGGCUUUUUAUUUUAGCCCGCAGGUGAUUUGAUGAAAACUGUUUGCGGCUCACGUCUUUCUUGGGUGCUGAUCUGCGUAAUAAGCAGGCCGAGUCGAACUAUUUAUACCAGUGUAAAGUUCUGAAGCCGCUAUCAGACCGCUACGUUCGUGCUCCCUUUGACACCGUUCAAAUGUUAGUUGUUAAUUUCUUCUGAAGUACACUCUUGUGCAAGUAGUCUGAGGGAAAAAGCGCUGUCAUUUUAGCGUACUUUAAACAAUGUAUGGGGUUGCGCGCGGCAGAGAAGUUCUCAGACAGACUAUGGAACAGCAAACGAAGUGGGCCGCAAAGUGGGCUUGCCUAACCGGUGGAUGUACUCUCGAGCAGUUGUUCUAUCAAUACAACCAACGCAAAGCCGCGUCUUUUCGAGCUCCGAGCAGCAGCGGCGACGCUUAUCGUGACAGAAGCAGUCUGAAGCUAUUAAGGUCGUCUAUUUCCAGUAGCAGUGCUGUUUUUGCGACGGUUUCACUUCUACUUCUAAUGGCGUCGACUUUGUAUAUUGGUGGUGUCGAAGCGUCACCCAAGCUGCAUCAACUGGAAGGGCCGACAUUAGACAGGUACCCGUUAGCUGUUUCUCGCCUAUCGAGGCUCCGACGACAUAGUGACCAAUGUUCAGAGGAAUUCUCGAUGCGAAAACAGGGUCUUGUCAUUCGCAAACAAAUGCCGAACGAUUGCGAAUCCCGAUUUCGGACGACGUUGCGUAGUCCCGACGGAAAACGACUCAAGGUGAAGAUGGACCACGCGAUAUUGCUGGGCGAAAAGAAUUUUGUACAAAUUAAUGAUGGUCAAACGACGUGGUACAUCGACAAAAGCUGCGCCCCUUGUCACGACGAACACAUUCAGGGAAGUGUGGUCAGCAUCGAGUACCGCAUAAGCAAUGGCUCUCGUAUUCAGUUUCGCUAUACAACAAAUGAGAACAAAUGCCCGUUUCUUACGGUCAUGCAUCCACUCAAAUUUCGGAAUAAAACUCAAAAUAUACGCGACAUUGGAGCUAUCGCGGAAUUAGAAUGCCUCAAUAGUCGAGACUUUGUUUUAGUGGGAAACCGUACGCUGGAGUGCGUUCGAUUACGAAACGGAUCUGUCUCGUGGAACUCGCCAUUGCCAACAUGCCACCGACAAACCAACUGCCCCAAGAUUCAAGAUCGGAACGAUUCGGGCGUCCUUGAGCUUCCGAUUUCGGCCGAAAAUUAUUAUUGUAAUUGGAAUAUUGAUGGUAACGAGAUCAAUCCUACUGCUAAAUAUAUCGAAUUCUCAGUGAAAGUACAGCCAGAGGAUUUGGUCCGUACCGCGCGAAGAAAUCGGGGCUUGACUUUUUACGACGGCGAACGUCGCAUUACAGUCCAGAACGGCUCCGGUCUCCAUUACCGCACCCGAGAUACGAAACUCCGGAUCAAUUUCCACCUGACGAAAGCCGAAGCUGAAUUUAUGAAGGACGCGUCGUUUCGAGUAGAUUACGUCGUUGUUCGUAAAACGUGCCCAACCAUUGACGAGGAAGCGUUUCCGUUCGGUACGAUCACUCUCACGGAUAGUUUCUUUAUCGGGUCACAGGCCAAGCUCGAGUGCGCUCCAGGCUACGACCUCCGAGGGGAUCCAGAAGCCGUGUGUCAGCGCGAUGCCAACUGGACGUUUGGAAACACAAUGCCAGAGUGCAUCUCGCUUAGCGCCGAAGCGGACAACGAUAUUCGGCUACUCGAAGAGUUUCCUGCAAGCGUAGAGUUAGGAACUGCAGACCUGUCUGGCAAAAGCUCAACGACAACGACAGAGGAUCCGAGGACGCCGAAAGAUGUGCUAGCCAUCAAGAAUUGGUCGAUUCGACCUAACAAGUCUGAGACAGCUGGAGCUAGCAAUGAACAACAUCGCACCAACAUUGUUCCCCCAAGGAAAAUUGACAUUAGCAAGGACAGUUCAAGAACUGAGGAGAGCGGCGUCGAUUCUUUUGGAGACAGAUCGAGAAAGGGCAACGAAGUUACUCCGAACGAUGGCGGAGACCAAGGAACCGUACAACAGAGACCCACGUUUGUUAAUCCGAAACACAGGGAGAGUGCGAAUCCGUUUGCGACAGCCGGAGUCAACAAAAUGACGACCGGAGCCCCAAUGACGUCGACACUGUUCCCGUCUGAGGACACCCAGAAUCGAAUCCACACCUCGGCAGACAUUUUGGAUCGUCUCUUCGACCUAGAUCUACACAAUUCACAAGAUAUUGCAUUAAUUCUUGUUGUUCUAUGCGUUUUUCUCAUUGCGCUAUUCAUCCUCAUCCUUGUGGUCUGUGUGUUGCAUCGUGGGUGCCGUGAGAAGAUCCCUAUUCGUGAGAACCCCCUCUAUAACGGGGCUCCCGCGAGACGCAUCAAUAACGUAUCUUUUCGACCGAGCAGCCGUCACAAGCGUGCUAUGCAAGAAAGAACCUAUACGUGAACAACGCAGUCAUUCUUUUGAUAAUCGGCUUGAAGACGUUGGCUCAAGUAUGGUCAACGAAAACUUCAUUGUCCUCGUUACAUCCUCACUGAACGACUUUACGCUGAUUUAGGACAACUGGCUUCUUAGAGCAAAUUCGCUUUCAUUGCCCUGUCCGUCUCUUAGGAUGACAUAGCAACCGUAUUGCUAUGGACGUGGUAGACGUUUCGGACUUUCCCGCCUGAAACCGCGUUUCCAUUACGAUUACUCGUUAUACGUCCAGACAACAAAACGUUAGGCGGAUAGGAUCCUAAAAUAGAGCUGUUACAAUUGCAGAUGCUGCUUACACCAUAUGAAGAGGUAAGAUUCUUUACUUAAACCAGUAGCGCUCGAAAUCGUUAGCGUACUGCUGCCAGUCAUUUUGAGUCCUUAAUUCCUGCAGUUCAAGGCGGUACUCGGUCCAUUUAAAGGUUGCCGUUCCCCUACGACUUUAAGAAAGAAAACAUAAUUCUGGUUGAAUAUCGUGAGAAGAAGUAGCACGGAAUUGGUGAUGAGUGUAUAAUUUGCCAUUAUCACUAUUAUUGUGAUAAUUAGUAUAAUACCAAUUAUUAUUACGCUGCUAUGAAAUAAAACAGUGUUGUGUGAUGUGGUGCUUCUCGAUAAAUCGAAGAAUUGACGAAGAUGUAGCACCGAACGAGCAAAUUCCUCGAGGGAAAUCUACUGUUAACGUUAAAGUGAUGGCGUAUACAUGCGACGUACGAUAAGGGUGGCAGUUAUUAUUAGUUAAUAUCAUUAUUAUCCUGAACAUCAUAAAUGUCCCAGAUAUUAUACGCCCGCUAUAAAUCUCAUGACAAGGACUGAAUAGGAAAACUAGCGCAAGGAAAAGCAUGAGCAGCAAACAUUGCCGACUGUAAAAUUUCCAUACACACAUGUAGAUAUACAAACAUACACAUGUUGCUUGUUCGAUGGGCGAUCCCGUUAUUGUGCAUACAACUUCUACUAUCGUCAUUAUCGUUGUUACUAUUAUUAUUAAUAGCAGAUACGUACGUUCGUGUUUUUGUUCUUAAAUGGUUAACUAGAAAAAGCACCCUUGGCACACCGUAACAAACGCGAAUCGUAGGAAAUCACAAACUACUAAAAAUGUAUUGUGAGCUAUGGAAACGUCAUCCAGAUGUUGCUGUACAUAUCAAGUUGCCAUAGGGAGACCGCUAGCAGAGGCUCAACUAAAAAUUAAGGUAAACACCUGUUAGAGAAAAAUUAGGAAAAGACCGUGCCUACCCAGAAGCAUCUCACUUAAUUAACUGCACAAUCAAAACAGCAUAAAUUCGAGUUUACUUUCAUAUCAUAUCAGUUUAUCGAUCACAUGGCCGACUGAUAACAACACGAGAUUGUUGAUUGGCAAGAUUUACAAACGUUUAACGAAAAGGAGUGUUACCAUCAAACAAUAUGUAAAGUGAGUCUAAGAUGAGAAUCUCGAUAUGGUCCUUGGCUCGACGCCAAAAGACCAACUAAGAGGUUGUUUGUACAUAGUAUUUAUGUAAGUGACGAUGGUAAUGAAUAAAUAAAUAAAGCCU